AGCCUCCUCGGCGGUGUGACUCGGCCGGGCGGCCAUAGCGCGCCAUUUGCACCCUCAGUUCCCGGCCAUCCAGCAUCGCGCCGUCCAUGGCGUCGAUGGCAUCCUCGGCGUCCCUCUUGUCGUGAAAGCGGACGAAGGCGAAGCCGCGGCUCUCCCGGGUGAAGCGGUCUCGGGGGAUAUAAACGUCGCCCACUUUGCCGUACUUCUCGAACACGCGCUUCAGCGUCUCGGGCGACGUGCGGUAAGUUAGGUUGUCCACCUUCAGCGAAGUCAUCCCUUCGAUAUCGGGGGGCAUUCGUCCGUAACUCAUCGCUACAAAUCAACCUAGCUUCCGAACAGCAGUAAGUUAGAAGGAGACUGUGAUAGAGCCGGCUCUGUAUAGAAAACCGCCAGAAAACCAGCGCCUGGCCCAACGACAAUCACAAGAUGGCGCCUGCGUCACCCGGAAACACACCCAAACCGCCAGGGGGAGGAUGUCCCAAAAACGCACAUUUCAACUUCAAAUAAAACUUUUUUUCGCUGCACUCUAUGUUUUAAGGCCAACAUAAUAAUUUCCGUAUAUUUUGUUCCGUCACUGACUCAGGAAUUAAAUCACCGCAACCGCGGCGCCCCCUGGGAACUGUAGUUUACUUGCCUCCUGCUCUUCAUUCGGUUCAUAUUCAUCGCUGCCAACGACAUUCAACAUUGCGUUCGUUGUCAAGCAGGAAAUCGUCAGUCGGGGCGUUAUCCGCUUUGGAACAUCAAGUUCAAUCAACUUGAGAGGAAAAAAAAUUCAAAGACUAACGUUAAUUUCCGAUUGCGGCGCACGCGCUUGGUGUUUCCGGUAUUGUGGCGGUUGAUGUGAUUUCUGAGUGGGGAGUAGUUGAAGAAGACUGACUGAGUGAGGGAGUGAGUGUUUGAUGAGGGGAGUGAGCAAGGCAGGAAGAAGGAGAGGGAAGGGGAAGGACGAAAUGAGUGAGCGAGGAGCAGUUGAAGAAGGCUGAGCGAGUGACGAUGAAAAGAGAGUGAGAAUCAGCCGUUUUUCCAAACAAAAUUCUCAUUGCAACCGAAAGCCUGGAAUUUGAAAGAAUAUCAUUUUGAAGUUCGCCAGUCAAAACUAAAACUUAUUACCGAGCCCACAAAACAGUGCACCAAGCAAAUACCUAGAUGUUUAACAAUGACACCAGAAGGAACAAAACUCAUGAAUGUCAUAAUUUUGGGAUGCGGCUUUCUGUUAGUUUUCAGUGCCUUUCAAACUGGCGGCAACAUAGAACAAACAGUCAUCAAGAGUGUUAACAGUACCCGGUUUCAUGGAAGUGGAUAUACCAGCUUGGCCAUAAUUUAUACUGUAUUUUCUGCUUCAAAUAUUUUGACUCCGUCAAUUGUUGCUGUUUUGGGAGCUCGACUUUCAAUGGUCAUUUCUGGUUUAGUGUACAGUGUAUAUGCUGCAGUGUUUAUUGAGCCACUCACUUGGUCAUUUUACUUAGCUUCAGUCAUCAUCGGAAUAGCAGCUGCAGUGAUAUGGACUGCACAAGGCACCUGUUUGACAACAAACUCAGAUGAAAACACGAUUGGAAGAAAUAGUGGAAUAUUUUGGGCUCUGUUGCAAUUUAGUCUUUUGUUUGGAAAUCUGUACAUAUAUUUUGCCUGGAAGGGAGAAACACACAUCUCAGAUCAUAAUCGUAGGACUGUUUAUAUUGCAUUAACUGUAAUUAGUGGAAUGGGAAGUGUCCUUUUUUUCUUAAUAAAACAACCAGUUUCUGAAGUUUCAUCUAUAGAACAGGACAAAUCUGAUGAUGAGUCUGAUAUUAUACUUAGGCCUCAAGAACAACGAUCACAAGCAAUUGAUGCAAUUCGAAGUGCGAUCUGUAUAUUCUUCACUAAAGAUAUGCUGCUUCUAUGUAUAACUAUUGCUUAUACUGGUAUUGAACUAACCUUUUUUAGUGGCGUUUAUGGUACCUGUUUGGGGGCUGCAAAUCGCUUUGGGAAUGAAGCUAAAAGCCUUGUUGGUUUAUCUGGCAUCUUUAUUGGUGUUGGAGAAAUCUUAGGUGGUGCAACCUUUGGUUUAUUGAACAAAUUCCUCAGCAAAUACCUUGGCAUUGGUAGAAACCCUGUUGUUCUUCUGGGUUUAUUAUGUCAUGUUAUUGCCUUCUAUCUGAUAUUCUUAAAUGUGCCAGGGGAUUCACCACUUGUUUCUGAUGAAGGAACUGAUCGAGUCUCUUACUUAAUUCCAAGCAAAAUCAUUGCCAUGGUUUGCAGUUUUCUCCUGGGACUAGGUGAUAGUUGUUUCAACACACAACUUCUUAGUAUUGUAGGGUAUAUGUAUUCUGAAGAAAGUGCUCCUGCAUUUGCUGUCUUCAAGUUUGUGCAAUCUAUCAGUGCAGCAAUAGCAUUUGGCUACAGCAAUUAUCUACUGCUAAAGUGGCAGCUGCUUAUCCUUGGCAUGACUGGAUUCUUUGGCACAAUAUCUUUCAUCCUAGUGGAAUGGAGGGCAGAAAUACGUUCUCGUGGUUUCAGUUAUGAUCGGAUUUAAUCAAGAAACUACAUUUUAAAAGACACAAUGAUAUGUACAUUUUUGAAGCUUAGAUUUAUUUUUAAAUACCACUUUUACGAAUGCCUUUUGAGAAUUUUAAUCUUGUUGUAUGGAAAUAUUCCUAAAGACAAUUUUCAAUCGGAUUUUCAAGUUACUUUAAUUGUAUCAAACCAUGGGCUGCUGUCAUUAGAGAGAGAUGACUGGUGACGGUUUAACCUGAGAGUCAACACACUCGGAUGUUUUGGGAGCUUGGGAAGGGGAGUUCUUCAUGGAAGCUCAACUGAUGUGGAAAUCGAACCUACACUUUUGGCCUCAAUCUACAUUGCAAACCAGCUGUCCAAUCAACUGAAUUAGUUGACCCCCUUAUUUGUGGCUAAAAGAUAUAACUGGAGGAAAUGUUAUAAAUCCAAUAAAAUAAGUUGACCUGAUGCUGGUUACCAAA